UGCAGGACCAGCAUGUCACUGCGCUCGGCGGAGGGAUACAAUAACCAGUUCCAUCGUGGUGCUGAGGCUUUCGCAAAAAGCAAAAAUGUCUGCCUAAGGGAAACUCGUAACUGAAACAUAUAGAGGAUAUUUUCACAGGUGCCGCCGUUUAAAGCCGCGUUUCGCAGUUUCGAGGCGUGUCGCAGCGAAGCGAGCAGCCGCCAGAGCACCCUAGUUGGGAUUUCAAUCGGGAAAAGGUUUCUAGAUCGCCAGGAUGAAUCCUCAGCAGCGGAUUGCCGCUCUCGGAACAGACAAGGAAUUAAGUGACCUGCUGGAUUUCAGUGCGAUGUUCUCUCCACCUGUAAGCAGAGGGAAAAACAGGCCCACCACACUUGGAAGCAGUCAGUUCAGUGCAUCAGGUAUGGAUGAGCGGACCAGCCAAGCAUCCUGGGCCCCAGGUGGCGAGUCAAGUCCUUCCUGUGAGACCUCCAGGGGUUUCGCAGACAGCCCUCAUUACGGCGAUCAUUUGAGUGACAGUCGAUUAGUGUCCCAUGAAGGAUUGUCUCCAACACCUUUUAUGAACUCGAACGUAAUGGGUAAAUCCGAGAGGGCUUCAUCUCUUGGCUUUGGGAGGGAACCUGGAGCAUCUGGCUCCCAGUCUUCUCUAAGGUCGAACGUUGGGUUGGCGAGUCCUAGGUCAGUUGCUCCAUCGGGGAAGUCAGCUGCUCCGUUCUACUCCUUCACUGGGGCCAAUCCCAGAAGACGAUCUCUACAAGUGCCACCACCCAUUGAUCCUCUACAAACAAAAAAGGUUCGCAAGGUCCCUCCUGGCCUGCCUUCAUCUGUGUACGCACCAUCUCCAACUUCAGAAGACUACAACAGAGAUUCACCGUCUUAUUCUUCUCCUAAACCCUCCGGCAGUAUGUUUGCAAGCACUUUCUUUGAUGGUACCCACAGUUCAUCUGACCCGUGGAACUCGUCCAAUGGGAUCAGCCAGUCUGGUUAUGGGGGAAUGCUCGCAGGAUCUUCAUCUCACAUGCCACAGUCAGGAAACUUCACCAGCCUGCACUCACAUGACCGUUUGAAUUACCCCACACACUCAGUCUCUCCAGAAAUCAACUCCAGUCUUCCUCCCAUGUCCAGCUUCCAUCGGAGCAACACCAGCACUUCGCCAUUCGUCAACCCAGCGCACACCGCAUCCGUCAACACAGCCGAUGGGGUCAUGGCUGCUGCAAAUCGAGGGAACGCCACUGGAAGCUCACAGACUGGAGACGCACUGGGAAAGGCUUUAGCCUCUAUUUACUCACCUGACCACACUAGCAGUAGUUUCCCCUCCAACCCGUCAACACCAGUGGGUUCUCCUUCACCUCUGACAGCCACAGCAGGAGCUGCCUCAGCUGGCAGCGUGGGGACUGCCUCCGGCACCCCCUCUGGACGGCCAGGUAACCACCAGUGGCCCCGUGCUAGCGGACAGACCCCCUCCUCUCCGAAUUAUGAGAACUCCCUUCACUCAUUGUCUCGAAUGGAGGACCGUCUGGACAGAUUGGAUGAUGCAAUCCUAGUUCUGAGGAACCAUGCAGUGGGCUCCACUACCAGUCUGCCCAGCGACAUACACAGUCUGCUGGGACAGGCGCAAAAUGGGCCAAUAGCAGGCAUUGGAGCUAACUUCCCCGCCUCUGCAUUGGUUCGGACAGCAGCGAUGCAGGGUGGUGCCCACGCUGACGAUGCUGCCAGCCUGAACAACAGCCAUGGAGGCCUGCCCAGUGCCGGCUCCACGUCCAGCGCAGAACUCAACCACCAGUUGGAAACAUUCAGAGCAGGUCUUGCUUCAGCCCUGGCUGGCCAGCUGCCCAGCGGCCUGGAGCUGAAGAUGGAGAAACAGGACAAGGACGACAUGAACGACGGCCUCUCCGCAGACGACAAGUCGGAUGACGAGAGCGAUAGAAGAGAUAUGAAUACCCCCCGAUCAUGCACACGCUCGAGUAUCAAUGAAGAUGAGGGGCUGAAUCCGGAGCAGAAGGCUGAACGUGAGCGUGAGAGGAGGAUGGCUAACAACGCCCGUGAACGGCUGAGGGUGCGAGACAUCAACGGGGCCUUCAAGGAGCUGGGGCGCAUGUGCCAACUGCACCUGAAGAGCGAGAAGCCCCAAACUAAACUGCUCAUCCUCCAUCAGGCUGUGGCUGUCAUACUCAGCUUGGAGCAGCAAGUCAGGGAGCGGAAUCUGAACCCCAAAGCAGCCUGCCUUAAGAGAAGGGAGGAGGAGAAGGUGAGUGGGGGCUCCAGUGACUCCCAUCAAGGCCACAUAGGAGGUCAUCCAGGCCUGAGUGACGCAUCCAACCCAAUGGGCCACCUCUGAGUAUCAGACAGAUCAAAGUGAUCCACAUCAUUUCUGUCCCGUCUGGAGUCGGUGACCUUGCUUCCCAGCGACAGACGGGACUCACAGAGUUUGUGACACCAAUUGGAGGAGAUAGACCACUUGAAGCAAAACCACAAGACUUAACAGAAUCCAGUCCUAAAAGACAGAGAAAGAACCAAGCUUCCAGCUCCCUGUGACCAGUUUCCAUUCGCAAAAAAUUCUCCCCACAAAGAAAAAUCAUCAGCACAUAUCACUGUCUGCAAGAAGUGUGUUGCUUCUGAACAAUCAGAGACUCGCAAUCUCCUCAAACCGUGUGUGGAAAUUGCCUCGUGCCUAAACUGAAUUGACGAAUGCAUUGUAACAGCAAUUGUUUUUUGUUUGUCUGUUUCUUUUUUUUCUAUUUAUUGUGUUAUUGAGCUAUAAAGUGUGUGUCUAAAGGGAAAGUUAAGUACAUCAAAGAAGUUUGCAGCUUUUCAGUCUAUAGCUUGCCAGUGUCACCAUGAAAACGGAGCACUCCACCCUGCCUGAUCUUUGGCGAGUCCGGGUUGAAUGAGGGGAAAAUAUUUGGGCACUUAUGAGAUUGACAUUAAUUUAUUGGCCGGUUUAGAGUGAUGACUAAAAAUUAUUAUUAGCUUUUAGAACUGAGAGACUAAAGCGCCCCCAUUCAAAAAAAAAAGGAAAGAGACUAUAUUAUUUAUAUUUAUAUUUUGUUCGCUCUGCCACCGAAACUACCCUGUUUAUUUCUGCAUAGGUUAGAUGGCUUUCUGUGCUACUGACCAGUAGAGUAAUAGGCCCGACUGCAUUAGCAUUAACAAUAUUGUAGGGCCCAGACAAUUGGCAAACUCUAGUUUGACUAAAAGCUCAGAUAAGUCUGUCUCUUUUCCUCUGUAGUGAACAGUGAAAAUACAGAACAUCAGCAUUCCCUGCAUAUUGUUAGUGUCUUAACUAAAGGACAAGUGGACUUCACCGCCCUUCAGCUUCCGUUGCCAUAUAGUGUUAAAUGUAAACAGUGACAUAUUUCCUCUGAUUCACAUCUUUGUUUAGCCUCCUGACAGUUACACGCUCCUGACGUCAGCACAAAAGCUUUUGUUUUUUGUUUUUUACAUUUUUUCCGCCACUAGCUAUAGAAAGAUUGCUUAUUGAAGAAGUGAUUACGAAUUUAAACAAAUGAAAAAACGACGACCACACUUUAUCCUGGCCUGAUGAAGAUAGAUCCACUUUUUCAGUUAUCUUUUCUGUUAAUAUCGCAAGACAUACAAUUUUAAAAGCAGUUAAAGUUUGUUAUACUUGUUUGUGUUUUAACCGGUCCUUUCUUGAGGCUUCCAGCUUUAUAAUACAGAGAAAACAUCUAAGUUAUUUUUCAGUGUUUUGAUCCAAGCCGUGAUAUACUCGAUACAGUAAACCAGACUCGACACUUCAUAUGCUUUUGAUAAAUAUCAUAGUGUAGCAUAAUAUUGAACAAAAACAGUUAUCAGGAUUUUUUUUUAUGUUUCAAGACAUUUCUCAUGGCUUUCUUUAGUUUUUUCCUAUGAGUGUGCAUGCUUUUUAGUUUCUUCUUUUAUUAAGUCUUUGGUCUUAAGACUUGCUUUAUAUUCCAUUUAUUUCUUUGUAUAUUGUCUCCUAUCAUUAUCAUUAUCUACAUCUUAAACAAGGCUGCCACAUUCAGAAUAAGUAUUCUGCACAAAUAAGGGACUUAAAUUAGAAAAGAUGCCACAACAAGAGUUUACAUGACAUGUCUACCGUUUAACAAAUGUUUUGUUUUUGUAAAACAAACCUAAGACGUUCUUUUUUGUAUAUCAUCAGACUGAAUAUGGCCUUUUUCUUCAUUUCAGUAUUCAAAAGCUUGUAUUCAUGUUGGCAGACGUUCAUUGAGGGUAUAAUGUUCGUCACUUCCUGCUCUCUUUCCUUCAUUUUUUUUUUUAUUUCCUGUCCUUCAUUUCUUUGCUUCUGUCUGCCAAGUUAGACUUUGCUGUAUUCCCAGAUGCUUUCCCUUGUAUAAUAUAUAAAAAAUGAAAUCAAAAAAUGAAAAAAAAAAAACAUUUGGCUUAUUUUUCACUGUAGUUAGUCUUUUAUACAAUAAUACUGUAAGAAUAUUUCUUGAAUUCUAAAUAUUACUCUUUCUAGAUUUUUGAAAGCAAAAGUUUUGAGUAAAAAGUUUCUUACUUUAUUUUACUAUAUUAGAUAGUAAAAUGUACAGUUAUUUACCAUAACCUGUCCAUUAUUAUGAGAAAAAUUAAAAUAGCAUCUCGAGAGCAUGAAAUUAAUUGUUGCUCAUAGUCUUGAACUUAAAAAGGCUUCGUACGAGAUCCAGAUUCCUAAAAGUGCGACUUGCAUCUAAUUCUUCAGUCUCGUUAAAGAUUCGAAUGAUAAAAGAAAUGUUCUUGUGUCAAAUGAAAAGGUAUUGUCGAUGCACAUUCAAAACAAAACUGAAAAUUUGAAUUUUAUGUCUUUUUCAACAGAAAAACAAUGUAUAUAACAUUUAUGUUGCAAUAAAUGUGCCAUCUUUUUUUAAA